AUGGGCAUAGAACGCCUUAUUCUUCUUACGUUUAUACUGGCUGUUGCUGCGGGUGGCGUUGAGGACACAACGUUGCCUUCGAUUCCCCUCAAAAUAAUGAUCAUACUUGCACCGACCAGAUGCAUUCCGAAGACUCUGCUUUUUAAUUAUCCUGCCAGUAUUUAUCAGCCGCUGGAUUAUCUUCAUAUCCAAGUGCCUAACUGGAACAUCGAUAUCACAGCCUACGUCCAAAGGCUACAUAUUCCGGGAUGUUUUCUUCAAGAGGACAAUCGGGCUUCGACUCUGAUUAAAGCACUCAACAGAAUAGUCGAAGAAUUGGGGAAUUCAACGGGCUUUUCCGUCAUUUUAGGGCCAACUCUGGGGGGCGAAUGUCCAUCUGUCAGCGGCUGGAUAGCCACUUCCGGUUUCAGUGACAUUUCCUAUCACAGUCUCUACCAACUCAAUUACACUUGUCGUCCAGAGAACCAACACAGACUUUUGACGGACGUAGUUAAGAGAAGGACAGCACACGUGGGUGCUUCCAAUUCGCCGGAAGUUUGUGCUCUUUCUCUGCCUUUGAGGAUCAAAACGCUAGUUAGAACCCUGGGGACGUUCCUACGAUACAACGGUUGGUCCCGACUGUCCAUUCUUUAUGAGGUCAGCUCAAAGGAGACUUUCUAUAUGGCUUUGGGGCAGAAUCUGCGGAGUCUACUCUCGAAGGCAACCAGCAGUGGCCUGUCGCACAUUGAAGUCCUGCAGCACGGCUAUUCCAUCAUAAUUGGUCCGCAGUCCGGCUGCGACUGUGAUUUUGUCACGGACUGGAUACGCGUAUCGGGUAUCGCGGCCGUCGCGAGCGAUCGGAUCUUCCAGAUCAACUUUGCCUGUCGCAUGUUCGUUUUCCAGAUGGAUUUCAUUGUGCCAAAUGCACUCUGUAAGCAACAGGAUGUCUUACUGCCCUCCCAGAUGCCUUUCUUCAUGUUGGCUUCUAUCGCCUUACCCACCGAGCUGACUUCGAUCGUUCACGCGCUCGGCACCUUUCUGUAA